AUGGCAAGCCCCAGCAAGAUCACCGUCACAUUGACGCAGAUAUCGAAAUUGAUCGAUCAUUCGCUCCUUCAUCCAACAAUGACCGAUCAAGAAAUUCAAGCAGGCCUAGAGAUCGCCCGCCAGUAUAACACCGCCACAGCCUGCGUGAAGCCAUACUCCAUCCCACACGCAAAAAAAGUGCUUCAGGGGAGCGACGUCGCCGUAUGUCCCGUCAUUGGCUUCCCGGCGGGCAAUAGCACCACCGAAGUAAAAGUGUUUGAGGCAGAGAAGGCCGUGGAAGCGGGUGGUAUCGAGAUCGAUAUGGUCGUGAAUAUUGGCAAAGUCCUUGGUGGCGAUUGGGACUAUGUGACCGAAGAAAUUCGCGCUAUCAACGACGUAAUCACGAGAAGGGGGGCCAUUCUCAAGGUCAUCUUCGAGAACGACUAUCUCCAGGACGAGCAUAUAAUCCGCCUUUGCCAGAUCUGUUCCGAUUUGGACGUUUCAUUCGUCAAGACUUCCACUGGAUACGGAUUUGUCAAGCAGCCGAACGGAAUGUAUACAUACAAGGGCGCCACGGUUCCGCAUUUGAAGAUGAUGCAAAAGUAUUGCAAGCCCAGCGUCCAAAUUAAGGCUGCUGGUGGCGUUCGAACCCUCGAUGACUUGCUCUAUGUGAUGUCGAUUGGUGUCACCAGGAUAGGAGCGACGGCUACGGUUGCAAUCAUAGAGGAAGCAAAGAAACGGGGCAUCGGAGAAACACCAGUGGAGAUCGAGGUGAAGCCAAUGGCAGCGACGAAUGGCACAACAUAUUGA